ACCUAGUAUUACUGUGUCGGAAAGGCUCCUUCCGGGUCCAGUAAACGUUCAAAAAAGUGAUGGCUCAACCACAAUAGCACUUAAGUGCAAAGGUUUUUUAUUUUAGCCCAUGCAAAACAGUGCCACCGUUAAGGUGAGAAUGGUCCUCAAUAUCCACGUGCAGAAUAAUAUUCAAAUUGACAAAAACAAAAAAAACUAUAAAUACAAAAAUUAGCUGCAGUCUUUUCCCUUCACAGUCACCAACUCAGUUGUACCUACUUCUCUUAGGUCUCAACGUCCACUCAUCCAUCAGGCCUACCCAGCCUGCUUUUAACCCUGUAACCCUGCCCCCAUGGUCCCAACCAAAACAUGCAGGGUUGUCACAUAAUUCAUAACAUUCAGUUACAGGAUAAAAAUUAAACAUAUGAUUUGAAAUAGCAAUCACACAACAUGAAAAGUAGGUUCUUUAGCAAAUGCAUCAUAAAUAAAUACAGUUCACAUCUUCCUGAUUAACAUAUGCUUUGAGUCGGCUUAUCAACCCUGUUAUCUCCCCCUCCCAAUGAGCUCACCCCACUUCCCUAUUUCGCGGGACAAGUUCUUUAAAACAGUCUCUGUGCCUCCAGUCUGGUUUGUCCCAGAGCAGCACCCAUACCCGGAAGUGAAAACACCCAUGACUUCCACCACUGUCGACGAGGAUCUAACCUUACUCGAAGUCAUCAACGACACCCAGCCAUCGCAGAUUCAACCAGGCCAGGGCGAGGAUGACGACAACACCGUCUGUAGAAGCUCCCGGUUGGCGAAUAGAACCCCGAGUGCCAUUAGCAUCGGCGACUGGCCGGUGUCCAGGAUCCUGGAGACCUUGUUUCAGGCCAACAUCCAGCCUCCGAUCGGCGCCUGUCAUGAGGAUCUAUUUGUCCUCCUCUGCGACUCCCAGGACAUCCCACCGGCUGCCGACAUCCUGCCUGGGCUUCCUCCUCCCCAAACAUCCGGAAGAAAGCAAACGCAAAAAAGGAAACAUAUUGAGCCAGCCGGUACUGCACACAAACGGGCCGGUGGCCAAGUUCGUCCGGGUCCAAGCGCACCUCCAGCCAAUGACCCAGUGAUUGCAGCGCUGUCUAACAUCCAAGCAUCACUCCUUGACAUGACGGCCAGGAUUUCCACGCUGGAAAGCGACUCCAUCAGACCUUCGUCUUCACCGACCGUCAUUUCCGCAUCAGGAGUCUCCACCGCACCUGAACUGCGUCACCUCCAGCACCAGCCUCAGCGUGAUGACGUCACUCCAGAGUUCAUUCCUAGAAGGUCCCUGGCCACCGCUGUACCCCUAACCACGGACUCGCCCUUCUUCCCACCGUCUUCUGCCAUCCCUCAUCACUUGAGGAGCCAAAUAUUAGCAGGUAACGAUAUCAAUCUCGUGAAAAUUCUGCUGGGCUCUGAAUUGUGCGAGCGGCGUGUCAUAGCGACAUAUCAGUCGCGUUAAAGGAUGGGGGACCCUAGACUGAUUAAGACUCUGACCUUUCCCGAGUUCUGCGUAGCCUUUGGGGUAUACAGGGACGUAAUUUGCGAAGUCUAUCCGGCUCGUAGAGCCGAACUUGAUAAUUAUCUCGCAAUUAUUUCCGACCUAGCUCUCUCCUAUGGGGGAACAUUGUUUUAUGAGUACCACAAAUCAUUCUCUGCAAAGGCCGCAAUGUUCAUCCAGCGCUUCAAUCAAAGACUGGACUGGUCUGCGGUCGACCUCGCGCUGAUAAGUAGGCACUUCACAGGCCACCAAGUCCUGUCUUGCUCUAUCGGUGGCUCUCUUGCGCACUCCUCUUCUCUGUGUCCAAAAACUGCCUCUUGCCCUUCCCAUCCUGGCCCUACUGCGGGGAUGCCCACCCCAAGUCGGUGUGUCCGAGGAGAACUCGCUUCAUGAAAGAGCGAAAGAAAUAAAACCAUCAACGCCUGUCAACGUCCCUAAAGUGGGUCGGGCAUUGAAAAAGCAUC